AGCCCCUCGCUGUGGGCUACUUGCCGCAGCUGGGCUCGGUGCUGCAAAAGGGGCCCUGUGGGAGCCCCCCCAGUGUGGGGCUGCGGCACCCAUCCCCUCCGCCCAUCGCCUCUCGGCGCAGAGGGCACCGUGUCCUCCGGGGCAGGGCGCUGCUGCCGGGAUUUCGCACCAUCUGCUCGGGGGAUCCGGGGCCCGCGGAGGGAUUUAACGGAGCUCAGAGGAGUGGGGGGAGGUCUCAGAGUGUCCCUCCCCAUCCCUGCCUUUGGGGGUUCACCAGCUGCAGGUGGCUCCCCACUCCCAGGGAUGGAGGUGCUGCCAGAGGGGUGGACUCUGGGGAUGCUGAGCCGUGUCGGAGCCCGCUGGUCGCCCCCCAGGCUGAGCCCACCGGGGCUGUGCCAGGAUUAGCCGGCGCUAAGCUCCUUCCCACGGAUGCUCUGUCCUUCGGCAGCAGCGGGCGAGCGGCUCCCCAUCGCACGGAGGGCAAGUGGCACCGCCACCAGGCAUGGGGACCCCGCUGUCCCCGUGAGCCCCCAGCGCCGAGGAGCCUGGUGGACCCUGAUGCCACUUCUCCCCCGUGGCCCCCGGCGCGGCAGAGGCUUCGGUGGCUCUGGGCUGGGGCGCGGGGGGAGCUGGCAAUGGCCCUGGCGGGGGGCACCCUGCUCCCUGGCACCGCGGGGACGUGGGGGCCGAGGCAUUUGCUGCAAUCUCCUUCCGAGGAGGACGGGGUGCUGUACGUGGACUACAAGCCCCCCGCCCUGGACAGCAUCCGCCUGCCCCGCUACGUCCUUUACCUGAUGAUGGCGGCCACCCUGGUGCUGUUGGUGGCAUACGCCAUCGUGGGGCAUCUCAUCAAGGACCUGGUGCACGACUUCGCCGACUGGGCGUUCGGGCCCAAGCAGGAGGAGGAGAAGGCGGUGAUGGCCGAGGGCGCCCUGCCGGAGGUGGAGUGGCUGGAGGAGGACGAGGUGCUGGCAGAGAGGAAGCCGGAGGGUGAAGGCACCGGCGCCUUGCCCGGCAUGGACAUCCCGCUGGGGCUGCUCACCGCCGCCCCGCGCAGCUCCAUCAGCUUCGCCGACUCCCACAAGAAGAGGUUUUUCUAGGGCCAGGACACACACACCCCCUUGCCCCGCCACCGGCGGGAUCCCCGGCAGCCACCCCUGGCCGUCGGAUCCCGGCACAGCCGCCGGCCCCAGACUCGGGCGCAGGGGUGACGCUGCCCGGCGCUGGCACGUGGCUUCACCGUCCUUGGCGCAGCCCCACACGCUUAUCUCGGGGCUGCUAUCGCUGCCCCCCAAUAAAGCAGCCUGCCCCAGCCCCGCUCGCUCGCCCCUUAGCCAGGCGUGGGCGCGGGGAGGUGGCAGGGCUGGGACAACCCCGACCUUCGCCUGGGGCCAGCAGCAUCCCUCGGCAGAGCCCUCCAGCCCCCGGGCGCGUGGGGAGGGA